AUGAUGAAAAUGAUGCUGAUUAUACUGAUGAAACCAUGGAUGAAGUUUCUGAACAAGAUUCAGAAGAUGAUAACAUGGAAACAGAAGACUACCAAGAUGGAAUUACUAAUGUUGAUGUACCAGAAGAAACAAUCAACCAAUUUAUUCAGAUUAAAAAUGAGAGUCAGUACUGAGUACGUCAACGUCGGGUCAUUCAACUGUGAAAAGACCCAAAAUGUAUUAGCUCCACAAGAACUAAUUGAAAAAUAUGACAUUCUAUUCCUCCAAGAAUUGAAUGAGUCAAACAUAAAAGUAAUCAAACAACUUAACUUACCAACAACCUUGAUAUUUUCUGAAAAAACCGGAAUUAUCAUACACCAUAAAAUCAACGGACUUAUCAAAGUCCACAAACAACAUGUGAUUGAUAUAGGCAUUCAACUAGCUCCUGAUCUCAGUGAUGCAUUGGUUACGAUCAAUAACAAGAAAUAUCACUUGAUCAAUACCUACUACCCAAUCGCAGACAAAUCAAAACAACAAAAGGCACUUACAACAUGCCUAUCCGAAAAUUUAACAAAAGAUAAACCCAUUAUAUGGGGUGGGGAUUUUAACCACAUUCUCUCGGAAACUCUAGAUAGGAGUUACGAGGGUGCAGACAAACCGGGAGAGGCUGGUUCGAGGAAACUAUCAUUAGAACUCUACCAUCAACUCCAACUCAAGGAUGUCUUCAGGUCACUAUUCCCAACACAAAAAAACCACACAAAUAAUAACCCUCAUAACAACAGAAGAAUUGACAGGUUUCACAUCAGUGAAACAAUUGAAGUUGGGGAAUUCCACCAAGAAAAAUUAACAACAAUCAAAUCCACACAUGAUCUUAUUGCAAUCACAAUUAAAAUAAGCAAUAAACCAAUUAUUGACAUGGGAAGACCUAGGUUUAUCAUCAGAGACAACCUCAUGGAAAAUCCAUUGUUCAUUAAUGACAUUAUCAAAAAUAAACCAAAGAAUUGGAAACAACUUAAACAAACAAUUUCAAAACUAACCAGAACCAAACGAUACAAGAAAAUGGAGAAAGAAUUAGACUCAGACAUCUUUGAUGACUUAAGAGUCAGAUUCAACGGCAAAACCAAACCAAAAAAUAAGGCAAUACUUAAAAUGGAAGACUUGGAUGGCACUAUAGCCGAAACCACGGAUGAAAUUCUAAUAAUUGCCAAACUUUUCAUGGAAACAUUGUAUAAAAAAUCACCAAACAUACCCAACAACAUCACCCAUUAUUUAAAAGAAUUUACAACCAAAGUAACCAACGACGAAAGAGCCAAGUUAGAUGCUCCCAUCACAUUGAAUGAAUUAACAGAUGAACUAACAGGAAAAUCCGCCUCUUCUACCCCAGGGGAGGAUGGAUUCAAUUUCCGGUUUAUCAAGAUAUGCUGGGAAGUAAUUGGACCCAUCUUGGUCAACGUAAGUGAAGAAAUUCAAAAUAGUGGAAAACUCCCCCAGGAGUUACAAAACAUCAUCAUCAACCUCAUUCCCAAAAAAGGGAAAUCAAAUAACAUCAACAAUACCAGACCCAUAAGUAUAAUAGAUUGUGCCAUCAGAUUAAUUAGCCUGGUCUAUAAUAGUAGGUUUCAGAAAAUUCUCACCAACUAUAUCAGUCCAGACCAACACGGAUUUUUAUCCGGCAGGACAAUCAGCGAUGCUUCUCAGAAAAUCCAAUUGGUAAUAGAUGAAAUGAACAAACACAAAAGAAAAAUUAGUGGGCCGGGGGCAAUCCUCGUGGAUAUGGCAAAAGCCUUUGAUUCAUUGGACCACCUGUAUCUCAAGCAGGUACUCAAAAAGUUCAAUUUGGGACCGAGGACAAUACUGUUUUGCAUGGCCAUAACAAGUGGACAUAAGGGACAAGUCCUGGUGAAUAACAAGACUUCUGAAGAAUUCAAGUUGGACAGAGGGGUACGACAGGGAAAUCCAUUGUCUCCUCUUUUGUUUAUACUUGCUUUAGAACCUUUGUUUUUUCAGUUGAACCGGAGAAUCCAAGGGAUCCACAUGGGGAAAAAGUUGCGGGUCACUCGGAGACACAUUCUCUAA